GCCCUUUGACUCUAAACAGCAUUACAAGUUCUUUAAUCUGUUAAAUUGCCAAUUUCCACAUCUUUUGUAUCCUACUAUUGCAAUGACUGGUGCAACUACGACAUCUUCAACUAUCAACUUGACCAAGACUAUCAUUGGUUCUGGUAUGUUGGCAAUGCCCUUUGCUUUUAGAUCCGAUGGUUACAUUCUUGGAGGCCUCAUUACACUCAUCGCGGGGACCACUUCGGGGUUCGGUCUCUAUCUCCAAGCCCGUGCCGCGAAGUACGUGCCAGCGGGCCACGCGACAUUCUUUGCGAUCUGCCAGCAGACCUACCCCUCGCUCUCGGUCUUAUUUGAUUUUGCCAUUGCGGUGCAGUGUUUCGGAGUCGGAUUAAGCUACUUGGUGUUGAUCGGAGACUUGUUACCAACCGUGGUAGGGUACGGAUCCAGAGUCGACUGGAUCGUGCUCAGUUUGCUUGUGAGUGUUCCGUUGUGUUCCUUCAAAAACUUGGACUCGUUAAAAUACACCAGUAUCCUUGCGUUGGGGGCCAUUGCAUACAUGUUUUUGUUGGUCAUUGGCCAUUUUAUCUUGGACGACGUGAGACCGGCCUUGCGCGGGGAAACUAGCUUGCUCCCUGUGAGCGCUAGUGGCAUCUUCAGCACGUUCCCCAUCAUUGUGUUGGCGUUUACUGGCCACCAGAACAUGUUCACAGUCAUCAACGAGAUCCAGAACAAGUCCAUCCGCAACCUCUCCCGAGUCAUUGCCAUUGCCAUCACCACCUCCGUGCUUCUCUUCCUCGCCAUUGGCCUUGCGGGCUACUACUCCUUCGGCAACAAGGUUGUAGGGAACAUCAUUGUGAUGUACGAUGAGUCUUUGGUCACCAAGAUCGGUCAAGGUUCCAUUGCGUUAAUGGUGUUGCUUUCGUUCCCGUUGAUGUUCCACCCGUGUCGGGUUUCUGUUAACAACAUCUAUUUCUGGCUUAAAAGCAAGCCAAAGACCCCUGAGGCUGCCGGUUUAUUGGGGGAGACAGACCUGAUAGUCCCAUUGUCUGGCACCACGUUUGCGGUGUUGACUGCCGUUCUUCUCGCUGCCUCGUACGCGUUGGCUCUUUCCAUCACCUCGUUUGCGUUGGUUUUGGCCAUUGUCGGUGCCACGGGCUCCACGUCAAUCUCCUUCAUCCUUCCUGGCUUGUUUGGAUACAAGUUGGUUGGCAGAGAUAUCCUGCCGGUUACCGAAGUCCUGGAAUUUGUUGAAGAUUCAGUAGUGAAGAAGCUCAGCUUGGCGUUGGCCGUCUGGGGGGUGGUGGUCAUGGUUGUCUGCCUCUACUCGACGUUGGUGUUGGGGCAAUAAUAGAUUCUCUUCAAGGCGUCUGGACUAACUAUAUUGAACCUGUAAUUCACUUAUAUGAUUGACUCGAUUUCUACGUUAUUUUAUAUCCUUUUAAUCAUGCUCUGGG